GAGCCCGGUGCACCGCCGCGGCUCCUUCCCGCUGGCGGGAGCCGCCCCGUCGCAGGCGCCGCCGGCCCCCCUGCCCGAGGAGGCCCGCAUGGACCUGAACCCGUCCUUCCUGGGCAUCGCCCUGCGCUCCCUGCUGGCCAUCGACCUGUGGCUGUCCAAGAAGCUGGGGGUGUGCGCGGGGGAGAGCUCGUCCUGGGGCAGCGUGCGGCCCCUUAUGAAGCUGCUGGAGAUCUCCGGGCACGGCAUCCCUUGGCUGCUGGGCACCCUCUACUGCCUGUGCAGGAGCGACAGCUGGGCCGGGCGCGAGGUGCUGAUGAACCUGCUCUUCGCCCUGCUUCUGGACCUGCUGCUGGUGGCCCUGCUGAAGGGGCUGGUCCGCAGGCGUCGCCCGGCCCACAACCAGAUGGACAUGUUUGUCACCCUCUCUGUGGACAAGUACUCCUUCCCUUCGGGCCAUGCCACCAGGGCUGCCCUGGUGUCGAGGUUCAUCUUGAACCACCUGGUGCUGGCUAUUCCACUGAGGGUGCUGGUGGUGCUGUGGGCCUUCAUCCUGGGCCUCUCCAGGGUCAUGCUGGGGCGUCACAAUGUCACCGAUGUGGCUUUUGGCUUUUUAAUGGGCUACAUGCAGUAUAGCAUCGUGGACUACUGCUGGCUCUCACUGCACAAUGCUCCAGUCCUCUUUGUACUGUGGAACCAACAGUGACAUCAUCUCAUUCAUUAUGGCACCGGGAGAUCUAAAGGUUUCCACAUGGGAUCAUGCCGACAUAAACCAGCAGCCAUCCUGCUUGACAUAAACCAGCAGCCAUCCGCUUGUCCCCCUUAGGACAUUUUAGGCUUCCUUUGGGAUUAUCAGAUGUCCUACCAUCUUGAUGGGUUGCUAGGCUGUAGUACAUGCUGGCCAUUACUGAUCACAACCAUAUUACAGAAAGAAAAAAAAAUUCCCUCUAUUAUACAUCCAACAACUGUUUUUAUCUCUAGGACAACUGUAAAGAAACCAAGCUGGGUUGAUUAUAAUGUUGCAGUUUUGUAAAAGUUAACUUCAGAAAAACUGUGUUUUGUAGUCAUCCUAUAAGCCAACAUAUCACUUGUAGACUGAACUUUGAAAAAGAAACAGGAUCUUUAUUCUGUAAAUAUACAUGCAGAUAACCUGCAUACUAAUCCUAGUUCUUGGUUAUUUAAGAGUCUAAGACAUAGGUUUUUUCUAGUUUAUUCCCUGAAGAUCUGUUGCCACAGCUGGGGAGAUUUCCUCUUAAUCUUGAUUUUCUUGGUAAGCAUUUUUAGUUUAUUGUCUCUUCCACCUUUGCAGAUUGGGUAGUGAGAAGAGAGAUUAUAGUACAUAUCUUUCUUUCCUUUACCUCCUCAAAAGAUCUUAAAUUUACAUUUACUUCCCACUACUCUAAUAUUGUCUUUUAGCAUUCAGAGAACAAGCCAAGAACUUACUUGAAGAAGAAACACUUAAAGAUGGGCACAUCUAUAGUCAGCAUAAAAAAGGGUAGGAUAGGUCAAUGGCCUCAUGGAAAAAAACUAAGCUGCUGAGGAGGUCAGAGGAACUGAAAGUUUAGGGGUAGGGUAACCACAUACUAUGUUGAUGGACCAGUAUGGCAAGAGAUGGGGUCCUGCUGCCUGUCAUCUCUACUGAAUAAAGAAAAAUGCUCCUCUACUGAGGUAAUAAAAUGGGAAAGUAAUGUGAUUCUUUGCAAUGCAAAAGCGUAAGCUUUUUCAUAUAUACCACAAGGAUGACCUUGUGUAUUACUGUUUUUCAUAUUGAAUUCUGUUUCCCCGUAUAUAGCAUACUUUAGGUAACAGUAUUUAAUUUGAAAUUAAUCAGGGGAGUCUGCUGCUAUACCAGGUACAAGGUACAACUACUAAAUUUCCAUUGACCUUUACAUUUAAAGCAGUUUAUUCAUGGUGCCUCCCCAAAUCACAAGACCAAAGGCCACCAAAUGUAGGGUGGACUCUGCUCUUUAUUCUUUGGCCAGGAAAGACUGAAAGGGUUUAUGUGCUUUAAAUGCUUCUCUACCUGAAAAUAAGAACUUUUAAAUUAACUGUGGAACUGGUGGUGUCUUCAGAUAAUUUUAAUGACCAGUUAUUUUGACUUUUAUAAAUAGAAUGUAUUAUGGCCUUUGAUUUGUCAUAUUAGACGUGCACAUAGGAAUCUGGAGAAUGGCUGUGAUAAAUAGGCUCUGAUUGGGUGGAAACAUAAACUUUCUGAGUGUGAGAGGCACACUGAAAGAGGAACAGCUACUUUUCGAAACAAAAUAAAAUCAUUUGCAUUCCCCAAACUUUAUGAACACAGACUACCUCUUUACUUGCUGAAUAACACAAACUGAAGCUGUAAGUGGUUUGCUUUAUCAUUUAAUCUUAAAGAGAUUCUUUAUAUUAAUGGCAGCAAUAUUCAGGCCAGAUAUUUGGAAGCAUAACGUUUCCUCUUACAGUGUCCACAAGUCUGAAUAUUGGAGGCUCAAAAUUAGGCUUACCUUCUGGGUUCGUGGUUAUACUUCUGGAAUUCCCUUAGUUCCUGGGGCCUAGUUUGCUGGCUUUAAAGCACAGAUUAGUUCACCCUGUUUUUGGAGUAUCCUAAGUACUGUAGAGUUGAAAACUGAUUUCACUGUUAAUUACUGUAUACUGAGGAAUGCCUUUUAAAAAUAAAAUUAACCAAUAAUGUUGGAUGAAAUGAGAU